AUGGCUGAAAACGAUCAAAGGUUUAGUGCAGAAACGGCAGUGAAGCCAGGUGAACAGACCAAGGGUGACAACAGCUCCCUUAUUCCAUCAGUGGAAGGUGCGCUUCCACCAAGAACUGGAUAUUUGAGAGUGAAUUGGUAUAAGAGAACCGGAAAGUAUAGACCAUUCCCAACAUCCUGUGCUGCUGGAUGUGCUUUGAUUGCUGUGUCACUUUUCUCACUUGGUUUGGUUCUCUGUGGAGCAAAGCACACAACUUCUGGUAUCUUGGCCGGCUUAUUCCUUUUCUCUUCAGGCUUGGUUCAAAUCAUUACUGGUAUUUGGGCUAUCGUUGAUAACAAUGUCUGGGGUUCGACGUUUUUGCUUUGCUAUGGAGCAUUUUUUAUGUCCCUUGGCUCUAUUAUUUCAGAUCUCUUUGGUGUGGUGUCCAGUUACGAGUCAACCUCCGACUUUGACAACGCUUUUGGCCUUUACUUGAUUUCUUGGCUUGUCUUUACUUUCUUUAUGUGGAUUGCAACCAUUAAGUCUACGCUUCCACUUUUCGCUUUAAUGACGUUUUUGUGGGUGUUCUUCCUUCUUUAUGCCAUUGCUGUCUUUGGCAACCAUUCAGGAUGUAAGACCGCAGCUGGUAUAUUCUGCUUCUUAUCAUCUGCAUGCGCUUUCUAUGGUAUGUACGACGGCCUGCACUCAAAAGCAUCAGCUUACUUGCCAUCACCAGAGGGAAAGUGGACAAGAAUGCCAGGAUCUACAAAUGCUCCAACUGAUGAAAGUAGGGUUGAGAUCAUCUAA